UCUAAGUCGGUCGGAAGCACUCUGUGGAGAGAGGAUCUCUUGGCUGGAUCUCCGUGCGACUGGCGGGCCUUGCCUCGGUGGGAUUUUCUGCGGUGCCCGCUGGCGUUCUUCGCUGUCAGGAAGAGUAAAUCUGUUUGGAACCCUCCCGGCCUGCUUUGAAAGGCGACAAGAUCCUGGAGACGCCUUCAAGCCCGCGGCGUCCGCUGUCGCCCGGCAGUGCUGACAGAAAAAAAUGGCUACUGGACAGGAUCGAGUGGUUGCUCUGGUGGACAUGGACUGUUUUUUUGUUCAAGUAGAGCAACGGCAAAAUCCUCAUUUGAGGAACAAACCUUGUGCAGUGGUACAGUACAAAUCAUGGAAAGGUGGUGGAAUUAUUGCAGUGAGUUAUGAAGCUCGUGCAUUUGGGGUCACUAGAAACAUGUGGGCAGAUGAUGCUAAGAAAUUAUGUCCAGAUCUUCUACUGGCACAAGUUCGUGAGUGCCGUGGAAAAGCUAAUCUCACCAAGUACCGAGAAGCCAGUGUUGAAGUAAUGCAGGUAAUGUCUCAUUUUGCUAUCAUUGAACGUGCCAGCAUCGAUGAGGCUUACAUAGAUCUGACGAGUGCUGUACAAGAGAGACUACAGAAGCUGCAGGGUCAACCCAUCUUGGCAGACUGGUUGCCAAGCACUUACAUUGAAGGAUUGCCUAAAGAUCCAACAACAGCAGAAGAGGCUGUUCAGAAAGAGGAAGUGCGAAAACAAGGCUUACUUGAGUGGCUUGAUUCCCUUCAGAUGGAUAACAGCAGCUCUCCAGACCUGCAGCUCACUGUGGGGGCAGUGAUUGUGGAGGAAAUGAGAGCAGCCAUAGAGAGGCAGACCGGUUUCCAGUGCUCCGCUGGAAUUUCGCACAACAAGGUCCUGGCAAAGCUAGCCUGUAGUCUAAACAAGCCAAACCGCCAGACUCUGGUCUCACAUGGGUCAGUGCCGAAGCUCUUCAGCCAAAUGCCAAUUCACAAAAUCCGUAGUCUUGGAGGAAAGCUUGGGGCCUCCGUCAUUGAAAUCCUAGGGGUAGAAUACAUGGGUGAACUAACCCAGUUCACGGAAUCCCAGCUCCAGAAUCAUUUUGGAGAGAAGAAUGGGUCUUGGUUGUAUGCCAUGUGCCGAGGAAUUGAACAUGAUCCAGUUAAACCCAGGCAGCUACCCAAAACCAUUGGCUGUAGCAAGAAUUUCCCAGGAAAAACAGCUCUGGCUACACGGGAACAGGUGCAGUGGUGGCUCCUACAAUUAGCCCAAGAACUAGAGGAGAGAUUGACCAAAGACCGAAUUGAUAAUGACAGAGUGGCCACCCAGCUGUGUGUGAGCGUUCGUGUGCAAGGAGACAAGCGUCUCAGCAGCCUACGCCGUUGCUGUGCCCUGACCCACUACAACGCUCACAAGAUGAGCCAGGAUGCACUUGCUGUCCUCAGGAACUGUAAUACUGCUGGAACCCAUACUGAAUGGUCCCCACCCCUCACAAUGCUCUUCCUCUGCGCUUCCAAAUUCUCUGCCUCUGCCCCUUCAGCUUGCAAAGACAUCACCGUCUUCUUGAGCAGUGAUUCAGCUUCUGUGCCAAAAGUGCCAACUAGCAGCUCAGAAGCGAAGACCCACACAAGUAGCCACACAGUGCCAGCCAUUAAGAAAACAACUGCCUCUCUGGAAUCGUUCUUCCAGAGAGCUGCAGAAAAGCAGAGAGUCAUCAAAGAAGCUUCGCUUUCACCUCUAACAGCUACCCCAACCACCACGGGAAGUUCACCUUCCAAGCCCUCCGUAGGUUUCAAAAGCAGUCGAACUUUAGGAACUGAGUCCUUCUUUAAGCAGAAAAGUCAGCUUUUAAAGCAGAAACAGCUUAUCAAUUCUGCAGCUCCUGACCACCCACAAGAUCCCCAGUCCAAUUCUGAAGGGUUGCCAAACCAUUUUCCAGCAGAGUGUUCAGGCGAUACCUCUGGUGUUUGCAAAGGAGCCUUGAUGCCAGAAUCUUCCAAAGCAGCUCCUGCAGGGGUGAAUUUGGCCCUAAACAGCCCAGAUAUGCUUGUUUUCUCACCUUCCAAAUUGCCAGAGGUGACCCCAAAGGCAAUUGCUACCCCUAGUUUUAUAGCUGCAGAGGAUCAGGUCCCCUGUGAGAAGUGUGGCUCCUCCGUACUGGUGUGGGAGAUGCCCGAACACAUGGACUACCAUUUUGCAUUAGAAUUGCAAAAGUCCUUUUUGCAGUCUCAUUCCUCAAGAUGCCAGGUUGCUCCUGUUCUGUCUCCUCAAAGCAAAAGAAAUCCCAAGAGUCCCAUGGCCUCCAGCAAUAAACGCACCAGGCUUGAGGGCAUGCAGACACUGGAAUCAUUUUUUAAGCCAGUAGCACAUUAGUGCUGCCCUCAGGAUUGCUGUAGGGUUUUUAUAUUUUAUAACAUCAGGGAGAUGAGGCUAUGUUCAUUUCUCAAGGAAAUCCCUAUCUAUGAAUUUUUUAAUACAGAAAAAAAAAAUAAGGCUGGGACAUGGCUUAGUGGUAGAGUGCUUGCCUAGCAUGC